GUGUACUUAUCACAUUGUUAACUUAUUUUUAUAAGAAAAUGAAAUGUGGAAUUAUUUCAAAAUUUAAAAAAGAUCCUUCUUCUAAAGAUCACUGGCGUUCUGAUACUGGAAGUUUUAUAAAAAAACCUUCAAAUGGAUGGCUGCAUUCAAAUGAUGCUUUCAAAACUGGUGUAAAUUAUGAAACUAAGUAUGUUGGUGCAGUAAAAAUUUUGGAGUCAAUGAGAAUGUUUGCUUUUAAUCAAAGAGGAGACAUUCUCAGGGAGGCAAUAUCUAAAUGUUGCAUUGAAUCAAAAAUAUAUAAUUUCAAAAAAAGUAAGGUUAUGAUGACAUAUUAUAUUAUUGGAGAUGUUAUCUUGACAAAUAGUGGAGAAAAAGUACUGACAAACAUAUCAACAAAGUCCAUAAAAUCUACUUUAUUAACAGGUGAAGUGAUAUUUGAGCAUAUGGUUGAGAAUAUUUCCUUUUGUGCUCUUGGUGAAAAGCAGUACAAAAAUUUCAUAGGAUACAUUUCAAAAGAUGUAGCAUUUGAUAGAGCCUGUUUUGUUUUCGAGUGUGGUAAUGAUUUGAGUAAUAACAUAAUAUUAUCAGUUGGUCAAGCAUUUGAAUUGAAGUAUAAAAAACAUCUUCAAACACAACCAAAAAUUCAACCAAUUGUUGGAAGAUUUACAGAUCCUCUUUUUGAAGCUCCAGAAAAAGGUUUCUACAAGGUUUCUCCAAAUAUUUAUAUUGAUUCAUUGAAAACUAAGCAAUAUGAAAACCUGGAUGAUUCCAAUGUCAAAAGCAGUCAUUAUACAGCUUUGAAUUUUGAUGAUAGCCUUGAUUGUGCAACAAUAUUUGACAACCCGAUUGCAUCAUUUGAAAAAUCAAGUUUUAAAAUUGAUGAACUGUCUAAAGAAAAUUUUUGUAGUGACAGUGUUGACUCGUUAUAUGAAAACAAUAAUAUUCUGGAAAUAAAUUACAAGUUCAAUAAAAAUACUGAGUAUGAAAUUUUAAAUAAGAAAAAUGAUAAAAAAUCAGUUGACUAUGAUAAUUUAAUGGAGUUUUUCAAUGAUGAUAGAAACUUAUCACAAACUUUUAUUAAUAACAAUAACCCAUUGGAAAUUUUAAAAGACUAUGACCCAGCGGAAAAUAUUGUGGAUCUUUUAAAUACAAAUACAGAGUAUGAUAAAAAACAUAAAAUUGUAGACUGUAGUACAAUAAAUGAAGGUACAAAAAACAUUGAUUACAAUAUAAAAAGUGAAGAAUAUUUAUUAUUUGACAAAAAUGAUCAGGAAGUAUCUAACGUUGAGAGUGUCUCUGUUAAUGGUAACUUUAGAGCUUUUAAACACAAUAAUAUGAACUCUGGGAAGGUGGAAGGAGGCUUUACAGAGACUUGUUUAAUUUCCGAUAAUACAGUUUCCAAGAAUCUUAACCAGGAAAGAUGGUUUCACGGUUUAAUUUCACGAGAUAGUGCCAAAAAUUUGAUUAAGAAAAAUGGACAGUUUCUAGUAAGAGAAAGCGCAACAAAACAAGGUCAAUAUAUUUUAACAGGCAUGCGUGACGGUAAACUAAUGAAUAUUCUGUUAGUAGAUCCAGAAGGAAAGGUACGAACACGCGAUCAUACUUUCAAUACUGUUUCUGAGCUGAUUAAAUUUCAUUUCGAACAUAACAUUCCAAUAUCUGCUGGUUCACAAACACUUUUUUUAAUCAACGAAGUUCCUUUUUUUUGACCUUUAAUUUGCUAAACUGAUUUUCUAAAUAUUUAAGUUUUUGAUUUUAGAUUAUAAAACUUUUUGUCACAGCUUAAGUUAUUAUAUUUCUAUAAAAUUUAUAGUUUAAUUUUAGGCUUAAAUGUCGGUAAUUAAAUUUUUUUAAUAUGAAGAAAAUAUUUUUUAUAUUUUGUAAAAAUGUUACACUUUUAUUUUUCAAUAAAUAUUUAUAUCUUAUUAGUUAUUUCUUGAUAAUAGUUGCAACAGUUUGUUCCACGUAUAACACCGUACUAUAACUUGUAAUUAUUACGAAUUCAUUAUUUGAGAAACUUUAUUUUUUAUUUAA